AUGGUGUCGGGCUACCGACAGGGCUUCAGUGUCCCAGACCUGAGGAUCUAUCGGGGGAAGGUUGUUAAGAGUGAGGUAGAAAAAGCUGUCAUGAGAGCAACUGAUGUUGGCUACCGCCAUAUUGACUCAGCAUAUAUUUACCAAAAUGAAGAAGAAAUUGGGAGGGCCAUCCAGAUGAAGCUUGCAGAUGGUACUGUGAAGAGGGGUGAUUUAUUCCACAUUACAAAGCUGUGGAACACUUUUUUCCAUCCAGAAUUGGUCCAAACCUGCCUGGAAAGCUCGCUGAGAAAACUUCAACUGAGCUACGUGAAUCUUUAUCUUAUUCUCCCCACAGCUCUGAAGCCUGGUGAGGACCCAAUCCCAGAGGACAUCCAUGGAAACAUCACUUUUGACACAGUGGAUCUCUAUAUCACGUGGGAGGCCCUGGAGAAGUGUAAGGAUGCAGGGCUGACCAAGUCCAUUGGGGUGUCCAACUUUAACCACAAGCAGCUGGAGAAGAUCCUGAACAAGCCAGGGUUCAAGUACAAGCCCAUCUGCAACCAGGUGGAAUGUCACCCUUACCUUAACCAGAGCAAACUGCUAGAGUUCUGCAAGUCCAAGGACAUUCUCCUCGUGGCCUACGCUCCCUUGGGGUCUGACUUAAGGAAGAAAUGGGUGAAAAAGGAAAAUCUGGUUCUCCUGCAGGAUCCGGUACUCAAUGCCAUUGCUGAAAAGCACUGGAGAAUUCCAGCCCAGGUAGCCCUGCGCUACCAGCUACAGAGGAGUGUGGUGGCUCUGGCCAAUAGCUUAAGUGAGAAGAGGAUCAAGGAGAACUUCCAGGUUUUUGAAUUCCAGUUGACCCCAGAGGAUAUGGAGCAUCUGGAUGGCCUAAAUAGAAAUAUACGCUAUUCUGACUAUGGCGAGUAA